AUGCCUCAGAAAGCGGCCGCAGACUUGGAAACCGGCUCGCCGGCGUUAAAACCCAAGGACUUCGACUACCUGUUCUCCCGCGACGACCGCCACGAACUCUUCUUGGAAAUGGUCAAGGUCGAAGUCAGCAACAUCCUAAGCGACUACAAUCUUCCUUCCGACGGGAACGCUAACAGUACCAACCCCUCCUCGUCCUGCUCCGGCGGCAACAACAACAACAACAACAACAGGACCAUAUUCACCACCUCCGAUGGUCAGCUGCUUCGGCGCAUCGCCGAGACCCAGAUGAAGAAGGCCCUCGAGGACAGAAUCAAAGAGAAACAGGACGUCGACAAAGGUAUCUACACCUUACUGGGCCGGGAGAGCAUCGAGGCGGUCCGCGCCAUCAACCAAGCAGUGGUCACCAUCGCCGCCCUGGGCGCCGGUUUCACCUUCACGGUGAUAUUUUCGGGGCUAGCUCCGCCGAACAAGGGCUCUACAGAGGCCAGAGUUAGGCUCUCCGUCGCUGUGGCGUGGCUGUUGUUCGUCUUGGCCAUGUCCCUCGCCAGCUACGCCACCGUGCUGCAGGCCAUGAGGGAGCAGAUGGUGACGGUGACGUACCGCUGGCGAGUAGCCCAAGGGCUCAUCUUGGCCGGGGCGCUUUGUGCGUCGGCAGAGGCCGUGAGAGCUUACGAGGCUGCCGUGGGCGUCACUGCUUUCGUGCUGAUUCCGACGGUGACGAUUGGGUGGAUGGCUUGGACUAAUAGGUUCCGGGUAUGGAAGUUGAUCAAAAAAUAA